AUGAAAGAGGGCGAGCUGGACGUGUACUGCCCCAGAUCCUUCCUGGAUGUGUACGCCGUACGCCACUGCCCCGGCGAAGAGCAAGGCAUCGGAGCGGCUCUCAUCCACUGUGUGCGCAGGCAGGUCCAGUAUGGACUCGACAUGGAUGUCAACGAGCCCAUCAACGCCGUCUCGAACGUGGACGAUGAAGAGCACGAGCCGGACAACGCGCCCGCGGCGAGCUCAAUGGAUGCGGACGCGGACAUCGAGCGGACGUACUCGAGGAUCUUCCUCACCGACGGGGUAGUGUACCUUCCUCCGUCCGCUCUCCGUCGUUGA